AAAAGAGAAUAGAGAAAGAAAGAAGUGAAAAUGGCAUCCCAUAUUCCAUUAGGAUUUUAUUGUUGUUGUUGUUGUUAUAAAAAAGAAAAGAAAAGUGGCGCACGGGUGAGUAGUGAGUAGAAGCAUAAUAAUAACCCUGUUAGUUGCGUGCGUGCGUGUUAGGGGAGAGAAGGAUAAGAGAGAGAAAGCAGGGUGCGUGUUUUUAGAGAGAGAGAGAGGAGGAAUCAGGCGAAUUGUGUGUGGUUUGGUUUGGGGCAUGGAAGGGCUGGGCAUGCUGAAGCAGCUCAUUGGUCAGCUUCAGCAGCUCUUGGACACUUACCAGUCUCAAUCUCAUUCUUCUUCUACUCUCAUUCUUCAACCUCCUCACACUCUCCUCUUUCAACAACAACACCCCAGAUGGACGACCUCCCUUGACAUUGAGGAUAGCUCUGUAGAUGACUUAUGUGGCCUUGUAAUGACAGCUAGAAAGUCUGGCAGUUUCAGGAUGUCAGAUCCUGUAAAGCCUCCACCUUCUAAGAAGUCUCGAAGAGACAGAAGCAGGGGCAAAUCAUCUGGAAGAUCUUGCACAACUGAAGUUAUGGAACAAGAAAUUUGGAAAGAUUUUCCUGAAGAUUUAUUUGAGGCUGUGAUUGCACGACUUCCCAUUGCCACAUUUUUCCGCUUCCGCUCUGUCUGCCGGCAGUGGAAUUCCAUGCUGACUUCUCAAAGUUUUUCUCUGCAUUGUACUCAAGUCACACAAGAAAGCCCAUGGUUUUACACCAUUACCCAUGAAAAUGUGAAUUCGGGAGCCAUGUAUGACCCUUCAUUGAAAAAAUGGCAUCACCCAACUAUAUCAACACCGCCCACAAAAUUGAUUGUUUUACCCGUGGCUUCUGCUGGCGGUUUAGUUUGCUUCCUUGACAUUGGUCAUCGAAACUUCUUUGUUUGUAACCCACUGACUCAAUCCUUCAAGGAGUUGCCAGUUCGAUCAGUUAAGGUCUGGUCUCGUGUUGCUGUAGGGAUGACUACAAAUGGAAACUCUGUUGGUUCAGGCUACAAGAUCUUAUGGGUGGGUUGUGAUGGAGAAUAUGAAGUAUACGACUCAGUCAGAAAUUCUUGGAGUCGUCCGGGAAACAUGCCUGCGGGUAUGAAGCUGCCAUUGUCAAUCAACUUUAGGUCUCAAGCUGUCUCUAUUGGCAGCACACUUUACUUCAUGCGUUCAGACCCAGAAGGGAUUGUUUCCUAUGAUAUGGCAACUGGGGUUUGGAAACAAUAUAUAAUCCCAGCGCCAUUGCAUCUGACUGAUCACACUCUGGCUGAGUGUGAUGGCCAGAUCAUGCUCGUGGGUUUGCUCACGAAGAAUGCAGCCACUUGUGUAUGCAUAUGGGAGUUGCAGAAAAUGACUCUCUUGUGGAAGGAGGUUGACAGAAUGCCAAACAUAUGGUGCUUGGACUUUUAUGGGAAGCACGUUAGAAUGACUUGCCUGGGGAACAAAGGCUUGCUCAUGUUGUCCUUGAGAUCAAAACAAAUGAACCGAUUGGUUACUUACAACAUAGCAAAGAAAGAAUGGCUGAAGGUUCCUGGGUGUGUGGUGCCACGUGGGAGAAAACGACAGUGGAUAGCAUGUGGUACUGCAUUUCAUCCAUGCCUGACUGCGGUGGCAUGAUUUCACAUCUAUCUCUAACAGCAAUGGCCUAGCAACGGCCUGCCAUUCCCCCCCCCCAGUCUCGGUUCUUUUGCAAUUUGCAGGCCUUUGGUGUUGUUGUACGUAAUCCUAAUGUUCAUUGCUGGUUUAACAAAGUAGAUGAAAAAUAAUAUUGGUUUGUAGUAAUUCACGUUUUUUCAUGCUCUCAGACAUGUAAACAUUACUUUGGUUGUGUUAUUAAUGCCUCAUCCUGGGGAACACCUUGGUAAAAGGUGAUAUAAAACUGCAGUUUCUUUCUGUAUUCAGAGUGUGAAUGGUUUUUUCUUA